ACAUAAAUAAUAUAACAUGCACGCAGCAUUCAUCUCUCUCUCUUGACGCAUGGGCUCAACGCUGUGCUGCCUUGGGGCGGCUAACAAGGAACACGGCGGAGACAAGGCAAGAACGGCGGAGGCCGGUGACCGGAAGUGGCCGGCGGGGGAAGAGUUCCUGUCGGAUGCGAGCACUUUCUCGGUGGAGGAGCAAUCGCGGCGGCUGAAGGCGGCGAGGGUGGAGGAGCAGAGGCUCGGACGUGAAGCCGAGGGAGUGAUGACGUGGGUCAAACAAGAAUCGGCCAGAUUUGACUGACCAAUUCCGCCCUUCCACAAGGUCUUCCACUUGAGCUUCUCUUUCUGCAACAAUGGCUAUCAGGAUCAUCAUCCAUGUUUAUGAACAAACGGCGUCAUCAUGCCUGCCAUUUCUUCUCAAAGCAAGACGUAUGUGAUGUGAAUACAGUUUCUUCAGACAGAUGCUUCCACGAGCCCUUCCAUGAGCUCCCAUGUGUUUAUCACCGAGAGGGGACAACGACUCGCGUGGGAGCCGUAGGUAGUGAUUGUCGCCUUUCCUCGCCGGAGGGUGAUGAACCAACGGCGUCGGCAAGGAGAAAGCUCUCGGAACCGGAGAUGGACAAUGGGAGCUGAAUUUCGCCGCGGACGGAGAAGCCGGUGAAGCGGAAGAAGAGGAGGAAGAUGCAAAAGUAACGGCUUUAGAAGCAGAAGAACCAAUGAGUUGAAGCAGAGCAGCAGGAGCAACAAUGGCGUCGGUUUCGGAUUCGGAGUCGCCAAAACUCUUACUUACAAAUAUUUUAAAUAUUAAUAUCUCUAUAAAUAUAUUGAUUACUACAU